AUGGAGCGGCGAGCCGCCGUGCCCGGACCUGCGCUCCUGCCCCUCACCUGCCUCCUGCUCGGCUCGCUGCAUGGCUGGCCAGGUGCCGGUGCCCAGGUCGGCGUGACCCUCCAGGUGCUGCAGCCCCAGGCCGAGGUGUCCGUGUCCGUCGGGAAGACGCUCACACUGMAGUGCACCGUGCUCGGAGACAAGAUGGCAGGGCCCGUGAAGUGGCUGAAGGAAUCGCGAGGAAAGAACGAGACCAUUUACGACCWAAAAGGCUCYGGGCCCCGUGUGACGAGGSUGGUGGACAGCUCCGACACAAACUACGACAUCAGCAUCAGCGACAUGCGAGUGGAGGACGCCGGGAGGUAUUACUGCGUGAAGUUCAGGAAGGGAGACUACGAGGAYGAGGUGUUUUUGUCGGGCAGCGGCACGAAGGUGGUCSUGAACGCCAGCCCCGUGGACGUGGUCGUGCACGGGCCCCGGGAGCGCGUGGAGCCGGGCACCUCGGYGCRCUUCACCUGCACGGCCAGAGGCUUCUUUCCCAGCGACAUCCAGGUGCAGUGGCUCAAAAACGGGCACCAGUUGUCGGCGCUGCCAACCCAGGUCAUCCUGGAGGAGACGAACUCGUCCUACGCCAUGAGCAGCGCGGUGGAGAUGAACCUGGUGCCCGCCGAUGUCCGCACCCAGCUCAGCUGCCUGGUCAGGCACUCCACGCUGAGCACCGCGCUGCGCAGCACCUACAACGUGAGCAACAACCUGCGAGUGCCCCCCGCGCUGCGCCUGCUCGCCAGGCCCGCGGGCGCCGUGGAGCUCAACAGGACCGUGAACUUCACGUGCUCCGCGGAGGGCUUCUACCCCGGCGCCCUGAACCUCACGUGGCUGGAGAACGGCGUGGAGGUGCUGGCGGAGGCCGGCGGCCCCGCGCUCACCGCCCAGGGCACGUUCGAGCUGCGCAGCAGCCUGGCCGUGCAGGCGGCAGCGGAGAGGAACCAGUCGGUGAUCACCUGCMGCGUGGUGCACGACGCGCAGCGCCCCGUCAGCCGCAGCGUCACCCUGCUCGUCACCCUGCCGCCCGCCGAGCGGGGCCCUGCUGACCCGGCCGCUGACGGGAAGGGAUACUUGAUUUUCAUAUACAUCGCAGUCGGAGUGAUGUGCACUGUGCUGGCGUUGCUGGUGGUUGCUGUUCUCUACCUCAUCCGAGUGAAGCAGAGUAAAGGUAAAAGCUCCCCAUCUGUUAGGUUGCACGAGCCAGAGAAGAGUAGUGGGAYGGCUACCCAGGAAUCGGAUGCCAACAACCUGACCUACGCAGACCUGAACUUCGACAAAGAGAAGAAGAGCAUCCGGCGCAUCAUCGAGAUGAGCCAGCAGUCCGAGUACGCCUGCAUCCAGACGAGCCAGGCGCCUGCCCCCGACGACAACCUCACCUAUGCCGACCUGGACAUGGUCCAUCUCAGCAAGGCGCCCAAGCGGCCGGCCCCGCGCCCCGAGGAGGCCGGCUCCGAGUAUGCCAGCGUCCAGAUCCAGAGGAAGUGAGCAGGGCUGCAGCUGGCCGGGGCUCGUGGGGACUGGUGACGUGCAGUGGGGGUGCUCCGCCUCGGGGAGCCGUCCCGCUGCUCCACGCGUGGAUUUUGACACAGCACUGAGCACUAGGGAGGGUACGUUGAGCUGCGGUACCUGCGUUUGGGGAGCAAAGCUUCCCCGUGGAAGUGCUGCCCGCGGCACUGGGAGGCUCCGGCAGCCCCUGCAGCUGCGUCCUCGCCUGGGAGCCCUUUGCACAGAGCCGGACUUUGAACCGCCCUCGGCGGGCGMCUCGUCCCCGCGCGGCUGUGGAGGCCGCUCGGCCUCGGGGCGCGGGGUUUGACCGCAGGCGUGUGCAGCGGCCUGGAGCCCCUUUCCUGACCAAGGGCCAUGUCUGCUGGAAGGAACAGAGCUCUCUGCAGCUUGAGGACCCUCGAGCCGGGCUGAGGGCACCUGGGCACCGCUCCAGAGCAGCCCCCGACGGCCAAGGGGGCCCUGUGGGACCCGAGCGCGGCAGAGGGCCCUGCGGAGGCUGUGGCUGCUGGGCCAGGCUGGCCGUGUUUCCCUCUAGUCACGUCGUCUCCAGCAGAGCCAGCUCUGCAGCGCUCCGGCCGCUCCGUGUGCGGAACACAGCAACAAUGGCUUUAAAGGAAGGACAAAAGCGUCCACCCAUCUAUCUUCCGAAGUGUCUCUUCUGUGGGACCUCAGUCCCACCAGGGCCAACACCUCCCCUGGGCUGGGGAGACGUGAGCAAACUGCCCCUGUGCUGGCUCGCUGUCCCCCGGGGCCAGGGCCCAUUCCUCCYGCUGCCAGCGCUGGGCCACACGGCACCCAGACAUGGACUGCGGCUCGGGGCUCCGGACACAGCUUCCCUCUGGGAAGAGCCUUCCCUCAACGGAGCCUCCUGGGCUCGGAGCGAGAGCCCAGCCCUGCCAGCACCGGAGCCGGUGCCUUGAGGCCUCCUUGGAGCCACCGCCACGUCCCCUGCCGCCCUCGCGUUCACCGGGAGAGCAGGGGGCAACGGCAGGGAGCCCGGGAGCGAGGGCUUUCCCACAAAUAACAUAUAACAAGUUUUGACUGUUUUACCUGUAACUGCUAAUUUUUAGAGCUAAAACUGGUGUUUUGUGUUGUAUGUGGGUGUACUGCUCUGUACUAGGAUAAAAUGUGCAAAAAUAAGACCAAGGCCU